CUGACCUGGAGAUGGAGUUUUCCUCCAUGCCCCUCUACAGACCACACUCUGCCCUCCACCAGAGGGGAGGCAGCACCUUCACUGUUGUGCCCAAAAGGAAGCCCGUUGCCUCGGGGCUGCAGACUCUCACUAAUGCCAGUGGAAGUCCGCAGCAGGAGGAAGAGGAGGAGGAUGAGGAGAGCAAAGGAAAAGGCAAAGCCGUGGAGAACGCUGACGGGCCCCAAGCGGGGAUGUCCCAUAAAAAGCGCUACCCCACGGUGAACGAGAUCGAAGUGAUCGGGGGGUACCUGUCCCUGGAGAGGUCCUGCAUGAGCAAGACGGGCUCCCGCCGCAAGAAGAUGAAGAUCUCUUUCAAUGAGACAAGUUUGCAGACUAUGUUUGAGUACCCGUCAGAGAGCUCACUGGCAGAAGAAGAGGAGGAGGAAGAAGAAGAACAUUCUUCUGAAACAGAGGAGGACAAGCCUUGCACCUUUUACAUUCCACGCCCAAGUAGCACUUUGCAUCCCAGUACACCUAACUCAGCAGAUUUAUCCAGCUACACCCCAAAGCACUCCGUGAAGUUCAGCGGGUGGCAGGAGCAGAAAUAUGAAGAGAUGCCUGCCGCAGAGGGACCCCUCCCAAAGGAAGCUGAUUCCCAGGGGAACCAUGUCAUGCUCACCCCAGCAGAGAAGGGCGGACUCUCCGAUUUCAGCAGCGAGCCUGCUCUGUAUUUUUGAUCACUUCACCUUCUAGCCUGCAGCAGCGGCUGCUGGACAAAACGCGUCAGUGCACCUUCCAAAUGUCCAUGCAAGCACCACGGAAAUAAGCUUCUGGGUCCCUCCCUCACCACAGUUUUCGCUGGAUCCUGAUGCCAAGGGUGGACUAGAUGCUAUUGGGCAUCUUUGGAGAAUAUUUGCACUGGAUUCUGGGACCUAACUACUACUUUUAAGAUGUAUGAUUUAUUCUACCUGUGGCCUUGCAUAUUCCUUGUUCAAGAUCAGCUGCCGAUGAGGCAAGCAUCUUAAGAACAGAUCUGUAAUCCCGGGAUGGAUGUAGAUUCUCUCAGUGCUUAUCUGAGUCCGUCCAUCCAGGCACUGUACGGGGUCUGGACGGCUUUUGUAAUACUUCUCCCAUCAGAGGCCCCAGUGAAGAACGGUUCUAGAGUUGGAGCGCUGGGAGUAUCUGGGCAGUUAGCUGGAUUCACAGAAGUGGUUGUGAUUUGACAGCUAGAUUGGGUGUCAGUUUGGAAAACCGUUGAAGGUUCAUGGUUUGUUCUUGGCAUGUUUCUGGGUCUAGUUUCACUGAACCAUCGUGGAAUUGAUGUGCCAGUUACGUUCUUGUGAAGGAAACUGAACGCACUGUGUGAGGGAUGGGAAGGGGAAUAAAUGCCUUUAGCUUUAGGUGUCAUUUUUGCACUGAUCUGUAAAGAAGUGUCCAGACUGGCUUGAGCCUCCUGAAGAUUCCCAAACAUUGGCCACGGCUUUGAUCUGUCCGUACC